AUGUCAAAAAUCGUGUGGGCACCAAUAAAUGUUCCUCUGCGCAGGAGAAUACAAACUUUUACAACUGCCGUCUAUAUGUUGCUUGUAGUAUUUGGAAAUUAUUAUUUGAAAGCUCUGUUAAUUGCAUACGGAAUCUGGAUUUAUUUCGACAGAGAAAAGUCUGAAAAUGAAGUCAGAGGCUCAGGAUUGAGAUGGAUGCGAGAUAAUUUCUUUUGGAAACAUUUUCGAGAUUAUUUUCCUGUGGAACUUGUGAAAACCGAAGAACUACCACCAAACAAGAACUAUCUUCUAGCAUGUUAUCCACAUGGAGUAACUUCAAUUGGUGGCUUCAUAAACAUUGUGGUGGACAUUUCAAAAUGGGAUGAACUAUUUCCAAAAGUUCGUCCAAUCGGAGCAACCAUGGCAUUUCAAUUUAGUACACCUUUUUGGCGUCAUAUAGUCAAGUUAUGGGGCUUAAUAUCGGUGACAAAGAAGUCUCUCUUAAACAAUCUGACAACUUCAAAUGAUCCCAAUGAUCCAAUAAAUGCUGCUGAUGGAUAUACUGCAUCAGCUGUUGCAGUGGCAGUUGGUGGAGCAAAAGAAGCUCUCGAUUCGAAACCUGGCAAAUACAUUAUUACUAUUAAAGAUCGAAAAGGUUUCAUUAAAGUAGCCAUGCAAACGGGUGCUGCCAUUGUGCCAGUAUUUUCAUUUGGUGAAGUUGAUGUAUUUGAUCAAUUGGAUAAUCCACCAAAUUCAUUUGUCAGAAAUAUGCAAUUGUUGGUGAAAAAAGUCACUGGUAUUUCUCCGUUAAUUAUUCUGGGAAGAGGAUUUUUUCAGUACAAUAUUGGAAUGCUACCGCAGCGUAGGCGUAUUGUACAAGUUGUUGGCGCUCCAAUCGAUGUACCAAAAUCUGAUGAUCCAAAAAAAGAAGAUGUUGAAAAGUAUCAUCAGAAAUUUAUGGAUGAUUUGAAUGCACUAUUUGAAACACAUAAGGCUAAAUAUAUUCCAGAAUCAGAAAAGACCUUUUUAGUGAUGACGUAG